UGGUCGCGCGGAAGGAUAUACUUUAGGGCUGUUACUGCCUGGAAGGAAGGAGGGAGGGAGAGGGAGCAAGGGAGAGAGGGUGACACGCGAGGAAAAAACUCGGUGGGGAGCAUUUGCCGAGGAAUUCGUCGUGCUUUUGGUGUAGUUAGGAUUUGGUCGUUAUCUUUUCGGGUCCUGCGGAUUUGAAUCAGCUAUGGCCACGAUGUUGAUUCCGAGAGUAGCGCUGGGAGCUGCCAGCGUCGCCUGUACCUCUGUUUCGUCGUCUGUGUCUACGUCCUCCUCAUCCGUGGAGGUCCGACAGUCGGGAGCGGUGUCGGGGUCGUGGCUAUGCCGACGGUCCCACUGCGGUCUGUCUAGCGCUCAAUGCCUGUCUCAGAGCAAGCUGUUCUCUGCCGCUGCCCCUGUUUCUGGAAGGCAGCCAAGGCAACAUGCUGUGAUUUGCAUGGUUCUUCCCACUGCCAAUCCAAUUAAGGAAGGCCAAGGAACCGGACCUCAAGGACACCCAGCAUGGUCUGCCCGGGCAAUCAAGUCCUUCAGUAUGGCUGAGCUAGAAGCACGCAAACUGAAGUAUCCCAACACCGGAACCGAAGCUCUUCUUAUGGGAAUACUGACGGAAGGUACAAGCCAGGCUGCAAAAUUCUUGAGGAAUUCCGGAGUUAGUCUGUUUGGUGUCCGAGAAGAGGUCGUGAAGUUGCUUGGUAAAGCUGACAUGUACUUUUUUAGCCCCGAACAUCCACCUCUAACUGAUCAGGCACAAAAGGCGCUUGAUUGGGCCAUCGAAGAAAGCAAAAGGAUAGGUGCAAAGGGAGAAGUAACGACCACUUGCAUGUUACUGGGAAUAUGGGCUCAAAAGGGCUCUGCCGGGCAAAAAGUUUUGGAAGCCCUCGGUUUUGAUGAUAAGAAGGUUGAAGAAAUUAGAGAAUUUGCAGCUAAUUCGGCUUAUGAUUAGAAUGUGUAAAAGUUUUGAUAUCUUCCACCAUACGGAGCAGUUGUAGUCGUUCAUCACAGUUACGAAAUUGUGUACGUGUAGUUAAAAAUUCGGGAUCAACUUCAACAGUUCAAAAAGUCCAUCUUAGUCACCUUCUACCGCUUGUCCUAGAUUCUUUGGAAUAAACAUCCAAUCAUACAUGGUCUCCCUGUAAACUUGGUAUUUUUCCUUGGAUUUGCUUCAUGGACUACAUCCUGCCUUUUUUACUACUUUUUGAGCUUAUUCCUCGGUCUGAUUUUCUGGAUUAUCGGAAGAAUCAGAACCAUAUUUGCUUUACCUCACAAAGACUGGCAUGAAUUCUUCCCGUUUUUGUUAAGGAUCUGCUGGAAAUUUCGAGAUGUGCAAC